AUGGUCAGACACAGAAAAGGCGGUAAAGAGCCGCAUAAAAGUUCUAAUAAUGAAACCAGUAGUAGUUCUGGUUCCAGUGAUAUUUCGGUAGAAAAAAAACCAUUUAAAAUACUGUCUCUGUGGAAAACUUUGGUUGGUUUUAUAUGUUUAGUAGUGGCCAUAUACGGCGGUGUGGUGGGUUACUUAGAGACGAGAGUAAACACGCCGUUUGACGACGUUAAGGUUGUACAAAAAUCUGGUCUUGAGGUGCCUGAUCGAUAUUGGGGCACGUACAGACCUGGUGUAUACUUAGGUAUGAAAAGUCGGGAGCCAUGGUCCCCAGUUUUUGGUCUAAUGUGGUAUGAGCUUGCUGCUGCUGCUCAAAAAGGAAUCAGACACUGGUGCGAUCAGGGUGACAACUUACCUACGUAUGGGUGGCUCCGACAUGAUGGUGUGACUUUCGGAGAACAGCUGAUAUCGGAUCCCCCUCAUCAGAUUGUUACCAGUUUCGUGAAGACACCAGGAGGAGCUCACGGAGGUCACUGGACUGCCAGGAUCAAUGUUACCGCUACGGCAAGAUCACCUGGGCCCUUCGCGCUGGUAUGGUACGGCGCUUUAGACGAAUCCCUUGGACCUGCCGCCCCACAUUCGAGGCUGUGGAUUGAAGGGGGGGACAUACUCGGCCACACGUCGAAUUUAAGGAAUUUUCGCCUCAAUCUCGUACCGCAUAAAGGUAAAAUUCUUCACAAGUCAUUUUCGGAGGCGCACGCCGAAGGCCUCCAUUUGCUCAAGGAGAAAUUCUAUGGCUUAUUGAGGGGAGACAAGCAUUCUAAAAUCGGUAACAUAGCCGUUUUGUCCGAAGACGACGACGUCAUUGUCAAGAAUAAGGACGCAAAUUUCGUCCUAAUACAAUUGAUAGUUGAGGCGCCGUUCGUUCUAGACGUAGUUUAUACCACAGAAGAGCUACCGACUCCCCCGCUUAAAGGAGACGAGUUCACCAAGAGUCUAGAAGAGAAGAAGAAGUCCUUCGACAAUGAGUUCGAGAAGAAGUUUAAAUUGCAAGAAAAGGGGUAUCGAAAAGAAGACGUUGACGUGGCGAAAGCGGCGCUCUCUAAUAUGCUCGGAGGGAUCGGGUACUUCUAUGGCGCCGGCCGAGUUCAGUCCCAGUACACGAAGGAGUCGGUGCCGUACUGGCGAGCGCCCUUGUACACGGCCGUUCCGAGCAGAUCAUUCUUCCCUCGAGGAUUCCUCUGGGACGAGGGCUUCCACGGACUUCUGAUCGGAAGGUGGUCUCCGGAUAUUGAGCUCGAUAUAGCCGCUCAUUGGCUGGACCUCAUCAACGUGGAAGGCUGGAUAGCGAGGGAACAGAUUUUAGGCGUCGAGGCCCUAGCUAGAGUUCCCAAGGAGUUCGUAGUGCAGAACAACGCGGCGGCAAAUCCUCCUAUACUGUUAAUAACACUGGCAAGGCUGGUGCAACUGCGUCCUGAGCUGUUCAAGCCCCAGGGUCGGCUUAGGGGUACGCUCGACCGGAUGUUCAGUAGACUGCAGGCCUGGUACCAGUGGUUCCAGACGACCCAAAAGGGCGAGGAGGCCACGUCGUACCGCUGGAGGGGUCGGGAGGACGACGGCCUCCAGCUCAACCCCAAAACCUUAACGUCCGGCCUCGACGAUUAUCCGAGGGCCUCGCAUCCGUCAGACAUCGAACGACACGUAGAUCUCCGGUGUUGGAUGUACGCGGCCGCCGACGCAAUGGUCACAAUAGCGGACGUCCUACAGCGUGACGUCAGCAAGUUCGAAACGACAAGAGAUCAGUUGGGCGACGAAGAUCUGCUCAACGAACUCCACUGGUCGACUCGCACGCAAACCUACGCUGACUACGGUCUCCACACGGACGGAGUGCGCCUCGUCAGACAGCAGUCCAAGAAGCCGAACGAGAACGGUAAAAUGGUCCGAGUCGUGACCACCGCGCCGCAACCGAUGCUCGUCACGUCCGCUUUCGGAUACAUAUCCUUGUUCCCGAUGCUGCUGAAGGUCCUUAAAUCUGACAGCGAGAAACUGGAGAGAAUACUGGAUUCUCUCGAUAAGCCCGACUUAUUGUGGUCUCCGUACGGACUCAGAUCGCUGUCAAAAUCAUCGCCAUUAUACAUGAAGAGGAACACGGAACACGAUCCGCCAUAUUGGCGCGGGCAAAUAUGGAUGAACAUUAAUUAUUUAGCGCUUUCGAGCUUGAAGUACUACGCGACCGUGCCCGGCCCGUACAAGGCGAAAGCGGGACAGCUGCACGAUCGUCUGAGAGAGAACGUCGUCCGCAACAUCAUAUCCGAGUACAGGAGGACGGGCUACCUCUGGGAGCAGUACUCUGGCGAAGACGGCAAGGGUUCUGGAUGUAGACCGUUCAGCGGCUGGACUGGACUCUUGGUUCUCAUAAUGGCUGAACAGUAUUAGGGGGCAGCGCUUCGGAGGCUCAAUGGUGUUUGACUCUUGCAACUCUUUGAAUGUUGGAGAGACAACUUCUAGUAACUACUACUAAUUCUAAAAAUCGUAUUUUUAAGGGACUUUAUGACCUGGUAACUAAGACCUUUAAGUCAGGUCUUAUUUUAAUUCAUCAUGUUAUUUUAAUGAAAAAUGGAGUGA